AUGGCAACCAGUUCGUGGCUCACCAGCGAGGCCUGGCGGUUGAUAGUGCAGGCCGCUGACAGGCAUGAGCAGAGGGGCUUUAAGGUCUUCAAGGUGCCCAUGUACAGGGUGCACCAGCAGCAGUCGCCCGCAUGGCUCAACGCCUCAUCGCGCUUCCUCCAUCUGCGUCGCUUCGCCCCCCACCUGCAUGAGAGCCAAGUCGCCUUCCGCGCCGAUGCACCCUACCGCUACCAGCCGGGCAUGACGUACGGGCAGGACAAUAAGAUGGAGCUGCUGACUCGCGUGUGUGGGUCGGGCAAGUUCCGGAAGAAGCACUUCCAGCUGUGGCAGCUGCAGGCCGAACAGGAGCAGCAGCAAGCAGAGCAAGACGGGCGCGAGGGGCAUGAGGGUUUGGGGAAGGAGCAAGGGGGGCAGGGCCGGGUGAUGGCAGUGGGCAUGGCUCAACUCCCCGAAAUACAUGAUGAUGAUGGUGACGAGGGCGAGGGCGAGGGCGAGGAGGUGGAGAAGGGGCGGUGUGGGUGCCACAGGGAGGUGGGGCUGGACGCGGGGUACCAGAGAGGCAAGCACCUGGUGGCGUACGAGUGCGGCUACAGCAUCCGACUCUGGUACUUCCCGUGUGCCCAGGUGGAUGUCGUGAAGAUGUUCCUCAAGGCACACUACAGGGCUCAGCUGAGGGAGGAGGGUAGACAGCAGCUGCACGCCUUGAUUGAGAGGGCGAUAAAGGGUGCUGUUAAGGGGUGGCACAAUGAAACAACACAUUAG